CAGACACAGAGAGACUGAAACACACACACACACACAGACUGAAACACACACACACACACACACACAGACUGAAACAUGUCUCCACCGUCUUUAUUCGUCUUCUUACUGAUUUCUCGUCUCUUGGGUUUUAAUGAGGCGAUGUCCGCGCACGCACCGAGGAUGAGAUUCUCAAACACAGACCCCUCCAUGAAGAGGACACUUUUACCUGGAGACCAAACAUCUGUACAGAUUCUUCCAGGAGGAGAACCAGACACCGUCACAGCUGUCGGACCAAAGCACCUGAUUUCACUGAACUUUAAAAACCCUCUGCAGGCUCCUGUGCAAAGAACGUUGUUGUGGAAAGAUUGCAUCAUCAGCAAAACGUCGACCACAGAUUGUGACUUUAACAUCACCGCGGUGCAAAAGAGGGAAGAGGGCGACCAGGCGUAUGUGUGUGGGACCAACGGCAGGGAGACUUUGUGCUGUGACGUGAUUCUAUCAGCUCCGUCUCCCGAGUGCCGUACCUCUGAAAAAAUGAGGAGCAUACAAGGAAGUAUCAGAAAAUUUAUCAUGAAGGAAGGUGAACCGUCUGUUUUUGUGGAAUCAGAAACAAACGCCGACCUUUACACGACCUACUCUGGAUCUCAGGAGAAUGUUGGAGUCCACAAGUUUGGAACAAACCGCGUUGGACCAGCGAACCAUAAUAAAGAGCAGCACUAUGUGGGUCUGGUGAUCAGCAGACAGGCAGAAGACCCUUCACAGGAUAAAGUUUUUGCCUUUUAUAAGGAGAAAAACAGAGACUCAGACCUGUACAGCGGGAUGUGGCUCCCCUUCGUCUCACAGGUUUGCAUGUCAGACAGGGGCGGUCCCAAGAAACACAUGCAGUAUAUCUGGACGUCGCAGAUGAACGCCAGGCUCUACUGCGGAGAUCCAGACAGCAAGCAGCACUUCUCUGAGCUGGUCCACGUGGCUGCUGUGCACGCAGAGCACUGGCAGGACUCCAGGGUUUAUGCACUCUUCCAGAACGAAUGGGGGAUGAGCGCUGUGUGUGUCUACAGGGUGAAGGACUUUCACAACAUCUUUACCAACUCUCCAUUUAAAGGCGGCAGCGCGGGCAGCCAAGUCGACAGGCGCAGAGCGUGCGUCCCCGACAGCACCGCGAUCAGUUUAGACGUCCUGAAGUCGAUCGAGGAGAACUCGGAGAUGGAGGAAUGGGUUAAACCUGCCGACAGCUCGCGCCCACUCGUCUUUGAUCGCCACAGGUACACUCACAUCUCCGUGGACAAGAGGAACCAACGCCACCCGGUCCUGUUUCUGUCUCUGCAUAAUGGAGCCAUUCAUAAAGUGACGCAGAGUCAGAAUCAGACGUUUGUCAUCGCAGAGUAUGAGACAUUUAAACACAACACCAGCAUCCUCAACAUGAUCCUAAACCAGAACUCUAUGAAGCUGUAUGCAGCCUCCAGAAGUGAACUGGUCCAGGUGGACGUGACAAACUGUGCCCAGUAUGGAGACCGCUGUGAGGACUGCGUGUUAGCUAGAGACCCAAACUGCGGCUGGGCACUGAACCGCUGCGUCCCUGUGACACUGGACUCACUGCAGGAUGUGGCCCAAGGGAAGCAUGAUAUCUGUCCGACUUUUUCAAAGCUUCAAGAUCCUGGACUGGGUGAGUCAGAUGCAGUCCAGGAUGUUCCCUACAAGUCCAAGUACUUCCUGCAGUGCCCGGUGUCGUCACUCCAUGCAGAGUACACCUGGCUCCACCCUAAGGGCUCCAAAUCCUGCAGCCUGAAGGAGCAGGAGUGUCUUCUUCUGAUCCACAGCAUGAGUCCAGAGCAGGAUGGAACUUACACAUGUGAGUCAGAGGAGAAGGGAUACAAGAAGGUGGUGGUCAAGUAUCAGCUAAAACUGCAGAACGGGGCCGCAGGCCACUCUCCAAGACUACUGCUGUGUGUUUGUCUGAUGGCUGUCCUGUUAGUCCUGAAUAAAUAGUAUAGAUACGAUGAAGAUAAUAGAUUAUUAGGCCGUUCUGCCACCCAGUCGGACAGAGGGUCGUGUCGCACAGUGACGUCCUUAUCCUCCUAUAGGAGCUAAGGCUCAAACAGGAGGAUUAAACAACAGAUUCUUUAUUUUUUAUAUAUUUCAUUUCUUUUCUUUUUUUAAGAUUUAUUUUAGGGCUUUUUGUAUCUUUAUUGGAGAGAUAGGACAGUUGAUAGGUAGAUACAGGAAAGGAGCCACAGGUCGGAUUCGAACCUGCCCGCUUGGAGGACUAAGGCCUCCCUACAUGCUGCACACGCACUAACCACUUUGCCACCAGCAACCACCUAUUUAUUUCAUUUCUCACCACAAGUACAAAUAGUGAUUUAUUUUUGCAUUUUUCUAAUUUGAUAUUUUUUGAAAUCUUGAUAUUUUUGUGUCAUAGUUUAUUAAUGAGGACAGAUGCCUUGCUAACAAGUUGCUUCACUGAUCUAGAAAAUCAAUAUAUUUUUAAUAUUUACAUUCCGUUAUAAUCCAGCACCUUUAAAUAGAAUUGACUGAACAUUAUAGAUAUGAUGAAAUGGCCUUUGAACCUCAAAUGUUCCUGUUUGAAUAUUUCUGCAUCCUCCUCCAACAAACUGCUGAAUUUACGUUUAACGAUCUAUAUUUUGAUGGCUAUCUGAAUUAUUAUGCUAUUUUUACGCUGACUUAAUGCACAGCUCGUUACAAAGAGUCCCUGAUUCAGGCUGCAUCACGUCCAGUCACCGAGCGACAACAUGUAAGACUUGUUCUUUAUCCUAUCGAGACUAUCUCUCCAAUCCGUUACAUGUUCCAUAUGUACGUUAAAAGUGUCUGUCCAAACCUGAAGCGGGGAGGUGGUGGUACAACAUGUUAAGAUAACACAAUCUCGAUUAGAGAAAGGAGGCUAGUCAGCUAACGGCUGGCAGGAUUUGAUGUCGCAGGUACAGGGAACUCUGUUCCAUCCCUUUCCCAAGGGACUGAGGAUCUGGGCAUGUCUCCUGAGAGGACCGAGCUCUUAGCCAUGGGCCAUGCCGUAAUGGUCCAAACACUGCAUGGCUAGUGCCCCAUCAACGAGGACCCACUAUGAACAAAGAUGGAGGGCCUUUGUGACAUGGUGCAGAGAACUUUAAGUAGCUCCUCUCACAUGCUCUGCCCCGGAGAUUCUGCAGUUUUUGCAGGAGCUCCUGGUUGCGGGAAAGUUGCCCUUUACCCUCAGGGGUAUGGUGGUGGCUAUCAAGGCAGCCCAUAUAGAAUGAUGCCAAUUGCCUGAGGAAGUUGGCAACCUUGUGUCCCAAUUCCUCAAGGGGGCCAGAAGUCGAACUGGCCGUCAUUGCAGACCUUCUCUCCCGCCUUGGGAUUUGGCGCUAGUGCCACAGGCUCUGGAACGGACCCUUUUUUCUAGCACCUAGACUCAGAAGACUUAAAGUGGCUUUCCCUUAAGGCUUCCAUCCUGCUGGCACUGGUCACUGCCCAACUUGUUGGGGAGCUUCAGGCUCUCUCUGGCAGGAACUUGCAGAGGUCCUCGUGAUGGUGGUCUGCAGCUGAAUCCGGCAUUUCUCCCCAAGGUACUUUCAAACUCUCUGACAAGUCAUUGGGUUGAGUUCAGGUCUCUCUACUCCAUGCAGAGAGAAUAAGGAGCACAGACGCUUACCGGUAUGUCCGGUACACUAUGUAUGUACCGGAUAUGUAUAUGAGUAUGUGCAGCGGAAAGGAACUCACAGGAGAACAGAUCAUUGGUCCGUUUUGGUCAACCAUUGUCAAAAGCCUGUCUUUCCCAUUGGAUUGUAGAUGCUAUCCAGCAGGCAUACAGUAUGUGGGCAGUACUUGUGGCUCGGGAGCGCGGGUGCUACCCUGAGGCAUGGCGGCAUCCGGGGGGUUGUUACAUGAUGCAUCUCCGAGUGAGAUCUGCAUCGCUCCUUCUUGGUCUGUCACUUCUACAUUGCUCGGUUCUACCAGAUUAUUUGUAGCUGCAUGCACGUCCGUCAGAGGACUGGUGCUCGGUGUAGCCAAACUGUAGUGACUUUUUUUUCCUUAUUUGUCUGUCAGCCUGGUGUGGCUGGGCUAAGUGACUUCCCCUCCCCCCUUUGGCUAGCCUUAGCGCCUUGCAGGGCAGGCAGGCCUUGUUAGAGUCGGGCGCCUUGGCUUCAGGCAGGAGUAACUUGCAGCCAGAGGUACUUGCUGGCCUGGGGAUGUGUUUAUAUAGUACAUAGUUUCAUUGACAUCCACGCUGGUGAUUCUUUUUGAAUGCAUGCUUUUGUGUGAUUUUUUCAAAUCUUAUUGAGUGUAUUUGUCUUCUCUGACAAAAAUGUCUCAUUACACCGAAUUCACCUGACAUGUCCAGAAAUACAUCUCACUUUAAGUUAUUACAAACAAGACUUUCUUACGUUUCUUCACGAGAUCAAAAUCUUGUGUCAGGAAGAGAACAUUUUUUGUUUGCUGCACUUUUUACUCCUAACAAACAAGUUGAGGCUUUUUGUUUUCUUUUUAUGAAAUGAACUAAAAUGUGUCUCAUGACUUUGGCUAAAUUUGGCUUUUAUUUGGUAUAAUGAGAUAUUUCUGACUAAAAAUAAGGCAGAUCCACUUGAUGAAAUUGUCCAGUGACAUCAAGCAGUUUUUAGAGAACCUGUCACAUGUGAUGUUCGACCAGUGAUUGUGUUUAAUUCCUGUACUUUUCACAUAUCUGUAAAUAUUUUAUUUUGACAUGCAUUUUGUGCACACAGAGGUGAACGGGCGUCCCUCACUGUAAUUUCCGAUCUUGCAAACUACCUCAGAAUUGCGCGAUGUGCUUUGAGUUGGGACAGACUGUUUCUGAGUAUGGAGGCUUUUGUCAGUUAAAGUGAAAGGCAGCAUGUUGGGAAACGCUGCAGCGGACAUGCUGAAAAUGAGCCAUAUCUAUUUAAAGUGUGACUCUGAGCAGCCAGGUUAAACGCUUGUGACCCUUUAAGUGGUUUAACACUGUGUUUAUUUACAGCGUCGCUUCAUGCUGUCAGAGUUUCAGAGAACACAAAUAGAGUUACUUUUCUAACUUAACUUUAUAUUUUGCACAAACAUGUUUGAAAUGAUCGACAUCCCUUAUUUUCACACGUUAUAUCUCAUGUUUAGUGUUUUGUGUAAAUCUAUGAAUACCAAUAAAUCACAUCAGAAAGUCAGAUGAUUGUUAGAAAUUGAUCCAUGAUUUAAGUGCUGAGAAAAUAUAAAAAACUGAAGCACCUUUCAGACUGCUGUAUUCCCAAGAGUGCGGAAGCUAAUCUCAUCCGUCACCACACACUCAGUCAGACAUGCACACACAUUCUCGCAGCUGUUACCCUGUUCAUGUAGUAACCACUGAGCUGUGAAGAUGUUUAUUAAUGCACUGAUAUGUUUUACUUAUUUUACAGCUCUGUAACAUUUCUGAUCCCAGCUUUGUGAUGACCAAAUCUAUUUCUGUAUGAAUUUGUUUGUGACUUCUGUUCCUCUUGUAUAUACAGUAAAUGCAAAUCUGUUUCCUCCUU